CGAGGGAACCGCCUUAACACGUCACUGGUGCUCAGUCAGACGACACAAAAACGCCGCUGUUGUUUUGCUUGCUGUCAAAAUAAGUGAGAAAACCUUAAGAGAGAACUGGUGUUAGACAUUGAACCGAGGCAGUCGAGUUAAUUCACUUCAACAGGAACUAGCACAGUUUGAAAGACCUGCAAAAAUGGCCUAUCCAGGAUACCCACCGCAGUUCACUCCAACCGUUCGUCCGAAAGAGCCGUACGGCCCAGACGAUGUGGAGGCUGACGCUACUGCCCUGCGCAGUGCCAUGAAGGGUUUCGGCACAGACGAGGAAGCAAUCAUUGCUAUUUUGGCGAAUCGCUCCAAUUAUCAGCGCCAGUUGAUUGCAAAGAAGUUUACUUCCCUUUAUGGAAAAGAUUUGGUGGACGAUUUGAAGAGUGAAUUGGGCGGAAAGCUGGAGGACGUGAUUGUGGCUUGCAUGACCCCUCUUGAUAAGUAUUUUGCAAAAGAGCUGCACCAUGCCAUAUCUGGAUUGGGCACUAACGAAGACACUUUGAUCGAGGUUUUGUGCUCCCUCAAUAACGCUUGGAUUCACGCCAUUAAGAGCGCGUACGAGGAAUUGUAUGAAAAGACGCUGGAGUCGGACAUUGAGAGCGACGCGUCUGGUUGCUUUGGGCGCCUGCUCAUUUCUCUUUGUCAGGGGAUGAGGGAUGAAGAUCUUGAGGAGGACCCUGACCGCGUGGCAGAGGAUGUGCAGGCUCUUUAUGAAGCUGGUCAAAACCAGAUUGGUACUGACGAGUCCACCUUCAAUGCUAUUCUGUGCACUCGCAGCUUGACCCACCUGAGGGAGGUUUUCAAUCAGUACCAACAAACGCACGGGGUGCCCUUUGAGGACGUCAUCAAAGCUGAGUUCACCGGAUCCAUUGAAACCGGACUUUUGGCUAUUGUCAAGAUCAUGUCCAAUUGCACAACCUACUUUGCCGAGCGCCUCCACGACAGCAUGUCAGGAGCGGGCACAGAGGACAGAGAUCUGAUCAGGGUCAUCGUCUCAAGGUCAGAGUGUGACCUGGGAGACAUCAAAGUUGCUUUUGAAGAGAUGUAUGAAAAGAGUCUUGAGAGUUACAUUCAGGAUGACUGCGCUGGAGAGUACAAGUGCAUGCUAAUCGCUUUGGUUACAGCUUGAAGCAUCAGUUCUGAAGCAGUAUUGUAACAACUUCCAUCCAAAAAAUAUUCCUUGCAUUUAAAAAUAAAUUUUAUCAUAGCAGCUUAAAAUGCGAACAAGCAAAUUUUAUUAUUGACUGUGACUUAUACUGAUUGUGAGUGAUAAAUUGCACAAAAAUGUGUAUUUUAUGAAAAAAUAGAGUCUCAUGGCUCAUGGCCUUUUAAAAUCUCACGCAGUAAACUGUGCUUUAUUUAUUUUGCCUAAAAGGUUUUCAAUCGCUGCUAUUUACGGAGAAUUAUAAUAUUAUUAUACUGAGAUAAUGUAAUUUGUAUCACAAUAUAUGUGUGAAUAAAUAAAAUUGGACUAGAAUUGAUUUAUAUCU